AUGGCCGAGAAGCAGCGGAAGAUGUGUCUCGAAGAGAUAGCUCUCCUGCAAAAAGUUCGACACGAGUGCGUGGCACAGCUGGUGGAUGUGGUUUGGACCUCCCAGGACAUGCUGAGCUACUGGAUCGUUCUGAAAUUCUAUCCUGGAGGCGACGUCCAGAAAGAAAUUGACGAUUGCCGCGAGAAUGAGUUGGAACUGCCACUGGGGAAAGCAAAGAAUUGGGUGACCCAGCUGUGCAUGGCCUUGAAGCACGUGCACAGCCUGCGCAUCGUUCACAGAGAUGUCAAAGGCAGCAACAUGUUCAUUACAGGAGCUCGAAACAUCGUGCUCGGGGAUUUCGGAGUGAGCAAGCAGCUCACUGAGUCGCAGCAGAAAGCCAUGACAUCUGUCGGUAGCCCCAUGUACAUGGCACCGGAAUGGUGGGAUGGCCGUGGUGGUACCGCUGCAUCUGACAUGUGGAGCGUUGGCGUGGUUCUGUAUGAGCUGCUAGCGCUGAAACGGCCUUUCGAAGCUCAGAAUGUUCUCUCUUUGGUGCACAAGAUCACCACGGAGGAGCCGCCCGCCUUGGACGACGAUGCAGACCAGCAGCUUGCAACUCUAGCGAUGCGGCUGCUUCAAAAGCGGCCGGAGAGUCGACCCAGCGCCUCGGCAGCCCUCGGAUUACCCGGGCUGGACGACGUGGAGAAGAUCCUGGGGAUCUAUCGGGGGGCCUUGGAGAAGAAAUCUGACAAGCAGCAGCGCAAGAAGGCCCGCGAAGAAGAUGCCGCCUCCGGGAAAAAGCCCAGACGUCCGAGUCGAUCGAGCAGCAGUGAGCUCGACAGCAGCGGGAGUGGCAGCAUGGCAGGACUUCGUGGCAUCAACUUGGCAGACAUCGCACGGAGGCAAACUGGCACUUCGGUUCCUGCGGUGGCUGAAGGCCCGGUGGAAACCGACGAUGAGGAAGAAGAGGACGAAGAUGCUUCGCUUGGCAGCGAGUCUUCAGAGCAAGGACUUUCAGCAAGUGACGAAGAGGUUGCCCAGGAGCCCGUGGUGAACGAAAGCAGUGAUUCGUUGGACUCGUGGCGAGGUGGUGUACAUGUGGCAGAGCCCGGAGACCUGCAGCACCCAGAGCAAACAGCGUGGCCUGCAGCUGCAGGCGAGGGAGUCGGUGAACAAAAUUCGCCUCAUGGACCAGGAGCAGCCCUUGCAACCGAGCUCGCCACUCAGACGUAUGGCACAUGGCCAUGCCGUUGA